UGCCCAGGAGUGGGAUUGUUGGGUCAUAUGGCAGUCCUACUUCCAGUUUUUUAAGGAAUCUCCACACUGGAGGACAGACUGUUAAAGGGGCAUGCCUAGAGAGUUUAUUUGCUUCGGGUAUGAGCGCUGCAACAGCUUCCAUGGACUAUAUACAGGGAGGCCAUCGGUGUUUUGAUAGAUAGGCUACAGGAGCCCAGGUGUCUCCAGCCCGCUGACAUAGAAGCCCCAGGGCCUGUCCUUGGUUGGAACGGGCAAAGAGAAAGAAUGGUCUGGUGUGAUGUGGCAGGUGGAGAGUUGGCACUCGGAGGAGGCUCUUGGUGAGCUGGCGAAUAGGAUUGGCCAGCGAGGAGGGGUUAAAGAGGGGCUCAUCCAGACAUCCUUUAGUUGCCUCAUAGAGCAGCUUUGCAAUGAGGGAGAAGUUAGGGAUCCAGAUACAGAAAAAGUUUAGGAGGCCGAGGAUAGACAGGAGUUCCCUUUUUGUUUUUGCAAGUGGACAGUUAAUUAAGGCCUGGAUUCUGUCUGGGGGAAUAGUUCUUUGUUGGUGGGAUAUGGAGAGCCCCAGGUAGGUGACGUUUGUAUGUACUACUUGGGCCUUGGAUCGGGACACCUGAUAACCCCAGGAUCCCAGGGUCCCAAGAAGUUUGGCAGUAUGUUGGAGGCAGAGUUUUCUGGUUGGGCUAUAAAAGAGGAGGUCAUCUAUGUAUUGGAGGAGACGACUUGGGAAUAGGUCGAGUGUCUGUAGGUCCUUUUAUAAAGACUGUCCAAAAAAAUGGGGGCUGUCUCUGAACACCUGGGGGAGAACUGUCCAUGUUAGUUGUUGGGAAACAUGAGCCUCAGGGUCUUGCCAGGUGAAGGCAAAAAAAGGUUGGGAGAGGGGGUGGAGGGGGAUGGUGAAAAAGGCGUCUUUGAGAUCUAACACUGUGAAGUGGGUUGCAGUACGGCAGGUAUAGUGACUGGGCUGGGUAUGGUGGACAGAAGGGCGUAAGGGUUAGGGACUACUGGGAAUGUCGGCGUGACAGCCUCAUUGAUUUUUCGCAGAUCCUGGACCAGUCUCCAAGUUUGGUCCCUUCCUUACUGCUAGAAUAGGGGUGUUGUAUGGUGAAUGGGUAGGAAUUAAGAUGGAGGCUUGAAGAUGGUCUAUGAUAGGCUUAAGUCCCUUGUGGGCCUCCAGGGUGAUAGAGUACUAUUGCUGGGUGAUUAUAGUUGAGGGGUCUUUUAGGGUAAUGUGGACUGGGGGAUGAUGUUUGGCUAUGGGUGGGUGAUCAGUGUCCCAGACUUGGGGGGUCUAAGGCAGGUAGAUCCGAGGGAAGGUCAGGGGUGAAGGAUAGGGACGGUCCAGGUGCCAUCUGCAUGCAGAAUAUAGAGACUGUAUCAAGGGGGGGUAUGGUAAUAAAGACCCCCAUUUGGAUAACAAAUCUCUCCCUAGGAGUGCCAUCGGGCACUGAGGCAUUAUGAGGAAUGACUGUAUGAGGGCCGAUUUUCCAAAUUGACAGAGUAAUGGAGGGCUGAUUUUUGGCCUUAAGGGAACUCCAGAGACCCUCCCUGAUUGUGAGUUCUGAGUCUUGAGUUGGGCCAGAGUAGGAAGUUAAGAGAGAAAAAGCGGCUCUAGUGUCUACUAUAAAGGAGGUCUUUUCCCCGGCCACUACCCCAUCUACCCUAAGUUCCGAGCUCGUAUUCGGGACAUGGGCUGGGGAGCUGGAACCCAGGUCCCAUCAUUGGAACAACUAUCAUAGGGUUGGGCUGGGGUUCCAGGGAGGAGUAGGGAUCUCUCCAGGGGCACCAGGGCAUCCCUGUGGACAUUCCACUCUCCAAGUCUGGGAGGUGGGGACCUCCCCAGGAGUGCCAGGGUGUCCCUGGGGACAGUCCAUUUUCCAGUGUAGCCAUCGACCACAGUUUGGGAAUGCUUUUGUGGGGGGCCAUGGGUUUGGGCAUGCCUUCGCCCAGUGUUCCGACUGGUUGCAUCAGAAGCAGGGUCCGGGGAGGGAGCAGGUCUUAAGGCCCGUUCUGGGAUAACUUGGGCCAGGCUGAUCUCUUCCCUUAAUUGCUGCCGCCAAAAAGGCAUAUUUAGCUUUUCUCUCACGUCUUUUUCUCUCUUAGUCUCCUCCUAUUAUUGAACACCUUGAAGGCUACUUCUAGAAGGUCUCUUUGGGGGUGUCUUGGCACUUCUCUAGUUGUUGAAGCUUGCGUCUAACAUCAGGGGCAGACUGGGUGAUGAACUGAACAUGAAGGUAGAGUAACCCAGCAGGGGUGGUGAUAUCUAGGUUGGUAUACUUCCCGACUGCCUCUGUGAGACAUGACAAGAAUAAGGCAAGAUUUUCAUCCGCCCCUUGGGUGACUUCCCUGACUUUAUCAUAACUGACAUGGAUAUGAGUAUUUUUCUGCAUUCCUUCUAGAAGGUAGGUAAUCAUAUGAUUGAGUCUCCUGAUACCUGGGUCACCCGGAUGCUAUGUCCAGUGGGGAUCUAAUUGAGGCACUGCCUCAUGAGCAACUGGGCUAUCCAGGUCUUGGUUAUGUAAGUGAUUCAGCAUGGGCUUUUGCUAUUUGCCAGAUAUGGUCUUUUUCAUCUGGGGUGAGAGUGGCAUUUAAGAUAUAAUAUAUGUCACUCCAUGUGAGGUUAUAGGUCUGCGAGAGUCUCAGGGAUUCUUUUCUGUAUCUGGUAGGAUUUUUCAGAUACAUUUUCAGAAAAUGAUCCUAACUUUUCUUCUAUCUGGCUUAUGUCUGACAAUGAAAAUGGCACGUGGACUCGGGUGGGGCCCUCUGGUCCUGCCACCUCUCUCAGGGUUAUCAUGUAUUGACCCUGUGGGUACCGACCCUGUGGCAGAGGGGAAGGAAAGGGGGAAAGAGUCAGGGAAACGGGGUAGUGGGGUUGAGGGACAGUCAGGAGAGGUUUCAGAGUCAGUAGGUGAGUUGGAUGAGGGGGAAGGACAGGGUUGGAGGUGUGGCUGGUAGGGAGGGAGCUCGUCAGUGGAGUCAAACUCCAGGGGUGUGGAAAGUCACCAUCGGCAGUUAAUUGAAGAAGAGCCCUUUAUUUGGGAGGCAAGGUGCAUGGAAGGACCUCGUGGGUAGAGCAGUCCUUGCAUAGGGAGGGCCUGCUUCAAAGGACCCAAAAGGCUUGGGCAUAUGGGACCUCCAACCACUUGCCAUUCCAUUUAAGGAAGUUGGUGAGAUUUUGAAGAAUGUUAAAGUCAAAUGUGCCAAAUUCAGGUCAGCGGUUCUUGAAUGUCCAAUUGGUAUUGAUGCCAGACCUGUAUACAGAGUUAAGUGGUUAGCUUUGAGUUCAGUAAGAGCGGUUUGAGAUUUUUGAGAACACAGGCCAGAGGGUAAUCUUUUGGGACAGACUGGCCAGACCCCAUAAUUGAAAGGCAAGCAGAGGCUCCUAGUGGGAGUUCGAGUCGUCACCCACAACAAUAGGAGUUAUGAGAAAAGAGCUCUGUGUCAAGGUGGAGCGUCCCCCACGGUUGCUUAGAGAGUGGUCUUAGGCCGGGGGUCCCCGGGACCCGGAGAGGACUAGGUUCUAGGGUGCCUCUAGAACACUGUCCAGAUCUUACCUUAAUUUUGGGGGCCGGCUUGGGUGGAGUGUUGCAUGUAGAGCGGUUGAAUGGCAAGAGUUCCCUAUUCCGGAGGUCAUCAGAGAAAGAGAAAGAAAAAAAGAGGAUAGAGCCGGAGGCCUGCAGGCCCAAGGACUCCUUCAGAUGCAGUCAUUCUCUCAGUCAACAAGCAUGUACCAUGUACCUACUAUAUAUCAAGCAAUGUGUGGGGAGUGGAAGGUGCUGUGGUGGACAAGACAAAUACAGGGACUUUGCGGUGGAGAACAGGUUAACAAAUUAGAAACGGGGAGAAAGUGACAACUUAGAGCAUGAAGAGGCUGAAAGUGGUUGGAAACAAGGCAGGUAUCACUGAAGGAGAAGCUAUGUCCAGACGCACCCAUGGAAAACAGUCUUCUCCUGGUUGAUGCUGAGACCUGCACUGGAACCACCUGUCCGCCCUGGCUCCGUGGAGAUCGAAGCAGAUGAGGACGUAAGAUGCACGGAGUUUCGGUACCCUGCCUCUCUUGUAAGUAGGCCGUGCGAGUUUCGAACCCAGGCUGGUCUGACACCAGAGUGGAUUCCUUCUCAUUAACGCGUUCCAAAGUCACACAUCUUAUAGGGAAGAUAAACCUACCCAGGUCGCGCCUGCCAAGUCUCACAGCGCUUCAUUAAAGGAGGUAAGUGGGGGCAGAGGCCAAUUCUGUCCACCAGAGGCGCUCGUUAGAAUGCAUAUUUCUGUCGUGCGCCGGACACGAGAGGCAGUCCCAAAAUCUUUUAGAGAGCUUCAGGUGAUUCUGAUGCCCACGUUGGCAGGUUGAUGCAAUAACCAGGUGAGGAUUAUGGGGGAUUUGAACUGAGACGGUGGAAGUACUUUGAGAGGUGUCACGCAGCCCCAACUCCCGCUAUUGUGCCUGCCGCCAAUGUCUCACUGACAAAGUCGCCCUGGAGGCUCACUUCCCUCUUCAGAAGCGAUGAAAGGUAAAAAAUUGAAUGAAAGACUGGUGGCUUUCAACUCACCACGCAACGGGUUGAAAUGGCCGAAGAGCAAGACGCCCCUACCACACCAGGGCGACGCUGGAUUUAGGCUCAAAGUAGAUGCUAUUUAUAGGGCAUUUGUCGGCCUCACCCUGAGGACUUUUGAUUGGCUUUAGGGCAGAUCUAUCACUCAUCUUCUGGAUUAGAGGUGGGUGGAAGGUCAACCACGACCAAUACAAAACCACUCCUUAGCUAAGACCCUCCCCAUCUAGCUUCCUGUUGCUGUCCAUCAACCACCUGGUAGGUGGGACUUUGCCUCCCUUCAGUUGGCUAGCGAACAUGUCGUUCACUCUUCAGUAAGCUUCCGGUUGGUGCCCUCUACCGUCCAUCAGUGACAUUGCACAGGUCUAUUGGCCAAGCCAACGUCGCUCUAGAUGCCUCUCUUUGAUUGGUUGAUUGUGCUGUCGGUCCCCAAUGUACCGAACUCUUAUUGGUGAACGCUGCCGUCGCUCGGGCGGUGGCGGGCUCCGGGAUUGGCGGGUGCUAGGCGGGCGGUGUCAGGCUCUCGGUGGCGGCGGAGGCGGCGGAGGCCAGGGAGGAAGAUGUCGUAAUGAGCGAUCCACAGACCAGCAUGGCUGCCACUGCCGCUGUCAGUCCCAGUGACUACCUGCAGCCUGCCGCCUCUACCACCCAGGACUCCCAGCCAUCUCCCUUAGCACUGCUUGCCGCAACAUGUAGCAAAAUCGGCCCUCCAGCUGUUGAAGCUGCAGUGACGCCUCCUGCUCCCCCCCAGCCCACUCCACGGAAACUCGUCCCUAUCAAACCCGCCCCUCUCCCUCUCAGCCCUGGCAAGAAUAGUUUUGGAAUCUUGUCCUCCAAAGGAAACAUACUUCAGAUUCAGGGGUCACAGCUGAGCACGUCCUACCCUGGGGGGCAGCUGGUGUUCGCUAUCCAGAACCCCACCGUGGUCAACAAAGGGACCCGAUCAAACACCAGUAUCCAGUACCAGGCGGUCCCUCAGAUCCAGGCCAGCAGUCCUCAGACCAUCCAGGUGCAGCCCAGUCUCACCAACCAGAUCCAGAUCAUCCCUGGUACCAACCAAGCCAUCAUCACCCCGUCCCCGUCCAGUCACAAGCCUGUCCCCAUCAAGCCAGCCCCUGUCCAGAAGUCGAGUACAGCCACCACUCCGGCACAGAGCGGGGCCAAUGUGGUGAAGCUGACAGGUGGCGGCGGCAAUGUGACCCUUACUCUGCCUGUCAACAACCUCGUGAACACCAGCGACCCCGCGGCCACCACUCAGCUCCUCACGGAGAGCCCUCCUGCCCCGCUGUCUAAGACUAACAAGAAAGCCAGGAAGAAGAGUCUUCCUGCUGCCCAGCCCCCUGUGGCCGUGGCCGAGCAGGUGGAGACGGUGCUGAUCGAGACCACCGCGGACAACAUUAUCCAAGCUGGAAACAACCUGCUCAUUGUUCAGAGCCCCGGCGGGGGCCAGCCAGCCGUGGUCCAGCAGGUCCAGGUGGUACCCCCCAAGGCCGAGCAGCAGCAGGUGGUGCAGAUUCCACAGCAGGCCCUGCGGGUGGUGCAGGCAGCUUCCGCCACACUCCCCACCGUCCCCCAGAAGCCCUCCCAGAACUUCCAGAUCCAGGCUGCUGAGCCGUCACCUACUCAGGUCUAUAUCCGUACGCCUUCUGGUGAGGUACAGACGGUCCUUGUCCAGGACAGCCCGCCGGCAACAGCUGCGACUGCCUCCACCACCACGUGUAGUAGCCCCGCGUCCCGUGCUGCCCAUCUGAGUGGGACCAGCAAAAAGCACUCGGCUGCAAUUCUCCGGAAAGAGCGACCCCUGCCAAAGAUUGCUCCUGCUGGGAGCAUCAUCAGCCUGAACGCAGCACAGCUGGCAGCAGCGGCCCAGGCCAUGCAGACCAUCAACAUCAACGGUGUCCAGGUCCAGGGCGUGCCCGUCACAAUCACCAACACUGGCGGACAACAGCAGCUGACUGUGCAGAAUGUUUCUGGGAACAACCUGACCAUCAGUGGGCUGAGCCCCACGCAGAUCCAGCUGCAGAUGGAACAGGCCCUGGCUGGAGAGGCCCAGCCUGGGGAGAAGCGGCGCCGCAUGGCCUGCACGUGUCCCAACUGCAAGGACGGGGACAAGAGAUCUGGAGAGCAGGGCAAGAAGAAGCACGUGUGCCACAUCCCUGACUGCGGAAAGACUUUCCGUAAGACGUCCCUGCUGCGGGCUCACGUGCGCCUGCACACCGGCGAGCGGCCCUUUGUCUGCAACUGGUUCUUCUGUGGCAAGAGGUUCACACGGAGUGACGAGCUCCAGCGGCAUGCCCGCACCCACACAGGGGACAAACGCUUCGAGUGUGCCCAGUGUCAGAAGCGCUUCAUGAGGAGUGACCACCUCACCAAGCAUUAUAAGACCCACCUGGUCACGAAGAACUUGUAAGGCCAACUGAGGCAAGAGGCCCCACAGACGCAGACCUGCCCGUGUCCUGCCUGGGCCUCCGGCAGAAAGGAGGCCCACACUUCAUGGGCCCACCUCGACCCCCUUCCUGUUGUGCGACUGUCCCCACGGGAAGGGGCUGUGCUGCCCCCACAUGCACCUCCUUCUGAAGCCCCCUGGCUCCGCCUGGCCCUCCCCUCUCACCACAAGCUCCUGGCCUGCCCAAACCAUGGACACUGGCCAUGCCCAAUGAGACGUUCUAAACCAGGACGAGUGGGAACCCUUAUUUCCAAAGGAAAAACAUGAAUUUCACUCCGUCGAGGAGCGAAGUGAGCCCCCUCCCCGCAACACUGCCGGAGUCGCAUCGUGCCAUGCCCCCUCCCUCUCCUCCACCUCCCCGGCCCCCUCGGCCAUCGAGGCCGCCCUGACGCCCAGGGUCCUGCCCCCAGGGCUCCACUGGCAGCCAGUCCGCCUCCACUCCACAGCCCCGCCCCACCCCGACUCUCCUCCAGCACAUUCCAACUUUCUAUUUAAAAAGUAAAGCUACCCACCCACUCCCUGAUUCCCCUCUUUUUCUAUGGAGAACGUUGCCUUAUACUCUACUUCCGAUGAUGAACACUGUGUAUUGUGUGUGCUUUAAAGAAGUUUAUUUAAUUGCUCCCUUCUUCCUGUCCUUGUUAUUCACCUCCCCCAUGCCUGCUUUUAGUUUAGGGUUUUUUGGGGGGCAAUGAUGAGCAUAUGAAUUUUUUUUCUCACUUUAGCAAUUCUCUUUUCUAAAUGACACAGCAUUUCAACUCAAAUCUGGAUUCAGAUAAAACACCUUCCCAUCCUGAACCUCAUCCCUCUCCUCAUCAUCUCACCCACCCCGACCAGCCCAAGCCCUACAAGUGUACAGUGUAUAUUGUAUAAUAGACAAUUGUGUCUACUACAUGUUUAAAAACAUAUUGCUUGUUAUUUUUGAGGCUUUUAAAUUAAAACAAAAAUCCAACUUUAUUUUUAGUUGUAACUGCUUGAGGUAUGUUUUAUGAAUUAAGUGACAGAUUUGUUAUCCUUUAUUAACGAUGUACUUUGUUGGUCAGCACUGGGCUGACAAAAAUUUUUUCUUGCUAAUAAAUUUAGUUGCCUGAGGCAAAAUCUGCAA